GGUUUUUCCCACUCUCUUUUAUUAUCUACGAUGUCCGAGUCUACGAAAUACGAAAAUCUACUUUCCUCUAUAUCAUCGCUAUCGUGCUGGACACCCGCCAAUGAAUCUGCCUUACUCGAACCAUUUACUUAUAUCACCGCCAAACCUGGUAAGGAAAUCCGUGGUAUGAUGAUCGAUGCGUUCAACGAUUGGCUCGUCGUUCCACCGGACAAACUCAAAAUUAUCAUAAAGGUGGUCAGCAUGUUACACAGCGCCAGUCUCCUUGUCGAUGAUAUCGAGGAUGAUUCACAGCUGCGUCGUGGGGAACCGGUUGCGCACAAGAUAUACGGUGUCCCGCAGACGAUAAAUACCGCAAAUUAUGUAUACUUUCUGGCUUACAAGGAACUCUUUUCUCUCAGAGGACCCGUGGCAGAUUCGUCCGCUAGCGCUGAUACCGGACGCCUGGUCCCAGACAACCUUGACCGUAUUGUGACGGAUGAGUUACUCUCUCUUCAUAGAGGCCAAGGACUCGAAAUAUUGUGGCGUGAUUCUCUGCAGUGCCCGACAGAAGAGGAGUAUAUUGCCAUGGUGAAUAAUAAAACGGGAGGUCUAUUUAGGAUUGCGAUAAAGCUGAUGAUGGCAUGUGCAACCAUCAAUGUCGACGUUGACUAUGUUCCACUCGUCAAUCUAUUCGGUAUAUACUUCCAGAUACGUGAUGAUUAUAUGAAUCUACAAAGUACAGAGUAUACGAAUAAUAAAGGAUUCGCUGAAGAUCUUACCGAGGGAAAGUUUUCAUUUCCCAUUGUACAUGGUGUACGGGCAGACCAGUCAAAUCGACAAGUGUUGAACGUGCUGCAAAAACGACCCUCGACGCCGACAUUGAAGCAUCAUACAAUAGGUUACUUGCGUAGCCACACACGUUCGUUCGAUUACACCUUGGGAGUGCUUCGUACACUUGAAAAGCAGGUACGCCUAGAGGUGGCUCGCUUGGGAGGAAAUCGUGGAUUAGAGCGUAUCUUGGACGGCUUGCGGGUAGAGGGAGACGUCAUCGGGGAUAAAGAAGUCGCCAUAUGAGAUUAUGAGUGUUGAUCCAAUGGUCUUGCGAGGUUGGUGCUGUAACUCCAGCGAAUAUUGUAGGAGAAACCUUAUUAGUGGUUGUAUUUUUAUUAUGAAAGAUGCAGAUUGGGGUCUCGAUGUGACGACUACAACAUUGUUCAGCGUUCUUAAACUACAGUUUGGCUGAAGCGUUAAGAACUCAACAUUUCCUCUGCCCUCUUAGCAGCCUGAUCUGAUGGGAAAACAGGGUAAUCGACUUUUGAUAUCUUCGCAUUCUCGAUCAGAAUCGUUAUCCUCUUCAGUAGCACUUCUCCAUUCGCCUCAAAGGUAGGAAGCUUCAACGCAUUGGUGAUUAAGAGCGAAGAAUCGCUUAAGAUUGGGUAGGGAAGAUGCAAGCGCUCUGCAACCUCGGAUUGGUAUGGCGUCGACU